AUGACUCAGUGGAUCAUUGACACGGAGGUCAAGCUCCGCACCCCCAUUGUCAACCUCACCACCACUCCUUCCUCCUCCACCUCCCUCAAUGCCACGCAGCUGCGCAACCAGGGUGGUCGCAACGGCGACGGAAGGGGUAGUGGAGGGGGUGGAGGUGGUGGUGGUGGUCGGGGUGGUGGCGGUGGUGGUGGUACUCGUCCUAGUGGUACCACUCCUGGAGGUUCCUCUGGGGCCAGUGGAGCUCUCAAAUGGUCCCCCUAUCACAACCAUCCCACCUUUGCUGCCACUCCCAUUGACCUUGUCCACAUGGAUCUAUGGGGUCCCUAUCCCAUCCACUCCCGUCAGAGGCUCCGACUCAUUGGAGCCCCUCCUCCCGCCUCCAUCCAUUUGCUUGAGGACUCCCAUGAAGAUUUCCUCAACAUUCGGCACCACACUCCUUUCAUUGCCUCCAUCUUCCUUCACUUCCUUGGCCUUCCCGUCCUUGGCGCUACCUCCACCCCCACCAUCUUCACUCCCUCCAUCUGUCAAGAGGGGGCCGCAGAGCGACGCGCGGGUCGACGGGGCCGCCGCGAAGGGCAAUUGGCAGAGCAGAGCACACAAGAGCACGGGCAGCAGCAGAGCGCACGAGGGCGCGGGCAGAGCAGAGCGCACGAGGGCGCGGGUAAGACAGAGCGCACGAGGGGGCGAGCAGAGCAGAGCGCACGAGGGCGCGGGCAGCAGCAGGGCGCACGAGGGCGCGGGCAGCCGCAGGGCGCACGAGGGCGCGGGCAGCCGCAGGGCGCACGAGGGCGCGGGCAGCAGCAGGGCGCACGAGGGCGCGGGCAGCAGCAGGGCGCACGAGGGCGCGGGCAGCAGCAGGGCGCACGAGGGCGCGGGCAGCAGCAGGGCGCACGAGGGCGCGGGCAGCAGCAGGGCGCACGAGGGCGCGGGCAGCAGCAGGGCGCACGAGGGCGCGGGCAGCAGCAGGGCGCACGAGGGCGCGGGCAGCAGCAGGGCGCACGAGGGCGCGGGCAGCAGCAGGGCGCACGAGGGCGCGGGCGGCAGCAGGGCGCACGAGGGCGCGGGCGGCAGCAGGGCGCACGAGGGCGCGGGCGGCAGCAGGGCGCACGAGGGCGCGGGCAGCAGCAGGGCGCACGAGGGCGCGGGCGGCAGCAGGGCGCACGAGGGCGCGGGCGGCAGCAGGGGCGCACGAGGGCGCGGGCGGCAGCAGGGCGCACGAGGGCACGGGCGGCAGCAGGGCGCACGAGGGCGCGGGCGGCAGCAGGGCGCACGAGGGCGCGGGCGGCAGCAGGGCGCACGAGGGCGCGGGCGGCAGCAGGGCGCACGAGGGCGCGGGCGGCAGCAGGGCGCACAGAGGGCGCGGGCAGCAGCAGGGCGCACGAGGGCGCGGGCAGCAGCAGGGCGCACGAGGGCGCGGGCAGCAGCAGGGCGCACGAGGGCGCGGGCAGCAGCAGGGCGCACGAGGGCGCGGGCAGCAGCAGGGCGCACGAGGGCGCGGGCAGCAGCAGGGCGCACGAGGGCGCGGGCAGCAGCAGGGCGCACGAGGGCGCGGGCAGCAGCAGGGCGCACGAGGGCGCGGGCAGCAGCAGGGCGCACGAGGGCGCGGGCAGCAGCAGGGCGCACGAGGGCGCGGGCAGCAGCAGGGCGCACGAGGGCGCGGGCAGCAGCAGGGCGCACGAGGGCGCGGGCAGCAGCAGGGCGCACGAGGGCGCGGGCAGCAGCAGGGCGCACGAGGGCGCGGGCAGCAGCAGGGCGCACGAGGGCCGCGGGCAGCAGCAGGGCGCACGAGGGCGCGGGCAGCAGCAGGGCGCACGAGGGCGCGGGCAGCAGCAGGGCGCACGAGGGCGCGGGCAGCAGCAGGGCGCACGAGGGCGCGGGCAGCAGCAGGGCGCACGAGGGCGCGGGCAGCAGCAGGGCGCACGAGGGCGCGGGCAGCAGCAGGGCGCACGAGGGCGCGGGCAGCAGCAGGGCGCACGAGGGCGCGGGGCAGGCAGCAGGGCGCACGAGGGCGCGGGCAGGCAGCAGGGCGCACGAGGGCGCGGGCAGCAGCAGGGCGCACGAGGGCGCGGGCAGCAGCAGGGCGCACGAGGGCGCGGGCAGCAGCAGGGCGCACGAGGGCGCGGGCAGCAGCAGGGCGCACGAGGGCGCGGGCAGCAGCAGGGCGCACGAGGGCGCGGGCAGCAGCAGGGGCGCACGAGGGCGCGGGCAGCAGCAGGGCGCACGAGGGCGCGGGCAGCAGCAGGGCGCACGAGGGCGCGGGCAGCAGCAGGGCGCACGAGGGCGCGGGCAGCAGCAGGGCGCACGAGGGCGCGGGCGAGCAGCAGGGCGCACGAGGGCGCGGGGCAGCAGCAGGGCGCACGAGGGCGCGGGCAGCAGCAGGGGCGCACGAGGGGCGCGGGCCAGCAGCAGGGCGCACGAGGGCGCGGGCAGCAGCAGGGCGCACGAGGGGCGCGGGCAGCAGCAGGGCGCACGAGGGCGCGGGCAGCAGCAGGGCGCACGAGGGCGCGGGCAGCAGCAGGGCGCACGAGGGCGCGGGCAGCAGCAGGGCGCACGAGGGCGCGGGCAGCAGCAGGGCGCACGAGGGCGCGGGCAGCAGCAGGGCGCACGAGGGCGCGGGCAGCAGCAGGGGCGCACGCGAGGGCGCGGGCAGGCAGCAGGGCGCACGAGGGCGCGGGCAGCAGCAGGCCACGAGGGCGCGAGCAGCAGGGCGCGGGCGGCAAGCAGGGCGCACGAGGGCGCGGGCGGCAGCAGGGCGCACGAGGGCGCGGGCAGCAGCAGGGCGCACGAGGGCGCGGGCAGCAGCAGGGCGCACGAGGGCGCGGGCAGCAGCAGGGCGCACGAGGGCGCGGGCAGCAGCAGGGCGCACGAGGGCGCGGGCAGCAGCAGGGCGCACGAGGGCGCGGGCAGCAGCAGGGCGCACGAGGGCGCGGGCAGCAGCAGGGCGCACGAGGGGCGCGGGCAGCAGCAGGGCGCACGAGGGCGCGGGCAGCAGCAGGGCGCACGAGGGCGCGGGGAGCAGCAGGGCGCACGAGGGCGCGGGGAGCAGCAGGGCGCACGAGGGCGCGGGGAGCAGCAGGGCGCACGAGGGCGCGGGCAGCAGCAGGGCGCACGAGGGCGCGGUCGACGAGGGCGCGAGGCCGGGCAGCAGCAGGGCGCACGAGGGCGCGGGCAGCAGCAGGGCGCACGAGGGCAGCGGGCAAGCAGCAGGGCGCACGAGGGCGCGGGCAGCAGCAGGGCGCACGAGGGCGCGGGCAGCAGCAGGGCGCACGAGGGCGCGGGCAGCAGCGGGCGCACGAGGGCGCGGGCAGCAGCAGGGCGCACGAGGAGCGCGGGCAGCAGCAGGGCGCACGGAGGCGCGGGCAGCAGCAGGCGCACGAGGGCGCGGCAGCAGCAGGGCGCACGAGGGCGCGGGCAGCAGCAGGGCGCACGAGGGGCGCGGGCAGCAGCAGGGCGCACGAGGGCGCGGGCAGCAGCAGGGCGCACGAGGGCGCGGGCAGCAGCAGGGCGCACGAGGGCGCGGCAGCAGCAGGGCGCACGAGGGCGCGGGCAGCAGCAGGGCGCACGGGAGGGCGCGCAGGGCGCACGAGGGCGCGGGCAGCAGCAGGGCGCACGAGGGCGCGGGCAGCAGCAGGGCGCACGAGGGCGCGGGCAGCAGCAGGGCGCACGAGGGCGCGGGCAGCAGCAGGGCGCACGAGGGCGCGGGCAGCAGCAGGGCGCACGAGGGCGCGGGCAGCAGCAGGGCGCACGAGGGCGCGGGCAGCAGCAGGGCGCACGAGGGCGCGGGCAGCAGCAGGGCGCACGAGGGCGCGGGCAGCAGCAGGGCGCACGAGGGCGCGGGCAGCAGCAGGGCGCACGAGGGCGCGGGCAGCAGCAGGGCGCACGAGGGCGCGGGCAGCAGCAGGGCGCACGAGGGCGCGGGCAGCAGCAGGGCGCACGAGGGCGCGGGCAGCAGCAGGGCGCACGAGGGCGCGGGCAGCAGCAGGGCGCACGAGGGCGCGGGCAGCAGCAGGGCGCACGAGGGCGCGGGCAGCAGCAGGGCGCACGAGGGCGCGGGCAGCAGCAGGGCGCACGAGGGCGCGGGCAGCAGCAGGGCGCACGAGGGCGCGGGCAGCAGCAGGGCGCACGAGGGCGCGGGCAGCAGCAGGGCGCACGAGGGCGCGGGCAGCAGCAGGGCGCACGAGGGCGCGGGCAGCAGCAGGGCGCACGAGGGCGCGGGCAGCAGCAGGGCGCACGAGGGCGCGGGCAGCAGCAGGGCGCACGAGGGCGCGGGCAGCAGCAGGGCGCACGAGGGCGCGGGCAGCAGCAGGGCGCACGAGGGCGCGGGCAGCAGCAGGGCGCACGAGGGCGCGGGCAGCAGCAGGGCGCACGAGGGCGCGGGCAGCAGCAGGGCGCACGAGGGCGCGGGCAGCAGCAGGGCGCACGAGGGCGCGGGCAGCAGCAGGGCGCACGAGGGCGCGGGCAGCAGCAGGGCGCACGAGGGCGCGGGCAGCAGCAGGGCGCACGAGGGCGCGGGGCAGCAGCAGGGCGCACGAGGGCGCGGGCAGCAGCAGGGCGCACGAGGGCGCGGGCAGCAGCAGGGCGCACGAGGGCGCGGGCAGCAGCAGGGCGCACGAGGGCGCGGGCAGCAGCAGGGCGCACGAGGGCGCGGGCAGCAGCAGGGCGCACGAGGGCGCGGGCAGCAGCAGGGCGCACGAGGGCGCGGGCAGCAGCAGGGCGCACGAGGGCGCGGGCAGCAGCAGGGCGCACGAGGGCGCGGGCAGCAGCAGGGGCGCACGAGGGCGCGGGCAGCAGCAGGGCGCACGAGGGCGCGGGCAGCAGCAGGGCGCACGAGGGGCGCGGGCAGCAGCAGGGCGCACGAGGGCGCGGGCAGCAGCAGGGCGCACGAGGGCGCGGGCAGCAGCAGGGGCGCACGAGGGCGCGGGCGAGACACGGCGGCUGCACGAGGGCGCGGGCGAGACAGGGCGGCUGCACGAGGGCAGGCGCGGACAGGACGGAGGCGGCUGUGUGCAGUAA